UAUUGCAUUGCAGAAAUUCUGCAAGGGAGAAGAAAAAAAAAAGACUAUCUGAAAAUAAGUACAGGAUGUCUGAAACAACGGGCAUCAACGAGGAGAAGAAACUUCCUUUGAAUGGGAGAAGAGCCAUCCCACCAAACAACUCCAAUGAUGAAGAAAAUGAGGUCCCUGAGAUGGAGGCUUUUGGAUUGAUACCUAGGGGAUUUAAUCCUAGAGAUUACCUGCGUGUUGUGGAUAUUUAUAUGUUCAAGGAUCCUCAGGAGAUCAACAAGCAGGAGCACCACACUGACAAGUACUACAACCCCAAGCUGAUAGUGCGUCGGGGACAGGCUUUCCAAAUCCGCAUUGACUUCAACCGACCCUACAGGCCAGAGACGGACCAAUUCUGGCUGGAGUACUUGAUGGGUCGCUACCCACAGCAAAACAAAGGCACUUAUAUCCCAAUCCUAGUAGGUAAUGUGCUGAAACCUGGUCAGUGGGGAGCCAAGAUUAUCCACCGGGAAAACAACUCCAUUCGGCUGUCUAUCAUGUCCUCUACCACCUGCAUCAUUGGGAAGUUUCGCCUGUAUGUUGCUGUCUGGACUCCCUUCGGCAUCCUUCGGACACGGAGGAAUUCAGCUACCGACACUUACAUCCUGUUCAAUCCCUGGUGCCAGCUGGAUGCCGUGUAUCUGGAUGACGAGAAAGAAAGGGAAGAAUAUGUCCUGAAUGAUGUUGGUGUUGUAUUCCAUGGAAAUGUCGAAGAUAUAAAAUCAAGAAGCUGGAGUUAUGGUCAGUUUGAAGAAAACGUUCUGGAUGCUUGCCUGUUCCUGAUGGACAAGGCAGAGUUGGAACUCUCUGGUCGCGGAAACCCAAUCAAAAUCUGCCGUGUUGCCUCAGCAGUGAUUAACUCCAGGGAUGACAAUGGAGUGCUUGUUGGAUCCUGGGACAAUACAUAUGAUUAUGGUGUUGCACCUUCAGCCUGGACAGGAAGUGUGGACAUUCUCUUGGAGUAUUACAGUUCUAAGCAACCUGUCCGAUAUGGCCAGUGCUGGGUCUUCGCUGGUGUCUUCAACACAUUUCUGAGAUGCUUGGGGAUACCUGCAAGACUCAUUACCAACUAUUCUUCUGCCCAUGAUAACAAUGCCAAUUUACGGAUGGACUUCUUUCUGGAUGAUGAAGGAAAGGUGGACACCAGACUUACGAAAGAUUCUGUCUGGAAUUACCAUUGCUGGAACGAAGCUUGGAUGACCAGACCUGACCUUCCUGUUGGUUUCGGAGGAUGGCAGGUUGUUGAUGGGACACCUCAAGAAACCAGUGAUGGUAUGUACAGGUGUGGUCCGGCCUCAGUUCAAGCCAUUAAACAUGGUCAUGUUUGCUUCCAAUUUGAUGCUCCUUUUGUCUAUGCUGAGGUGAAUAGUGACAUUUUUUACACAAGAAGGGAGAAAAAUGGAACCGAAGUGGUAGAAAGCAUUGACACAACACGUAUUGGGCAGUUGAUUGUGACCAAGGAAGUUGGAGGUGAUGGAAUGAUGAACAUUACUGAGGAGUACAAGUUCCGAGAAGGCUCAGACGAGGAAAGGCUGGCUCUCGAGGCUGCUGUGAUGUAUGGUGUCAAGAAGCAAAGUACCCAAGACACGGCGUACCAGCCACAGAYGGAUGUUGACAUGGACUUCCAUGCGCAAAAGGCAGUCCUUGGCAAUGACUUCAAAGUCACUAUAACUUUCAGGAACAAAAGUCGCAACUCCUACACUGCUACUACCUACCUUUCAUGCAACAUAGUGUUCUAUACAGGAGUCACAAAAAGUGAAUUCAAGAARCACUCUUUCAGUGCAAAACUGGAGCCCUCUUCAUCCAGCUCUUUUGACGUUGUGAUCAAAUCGAGUGAGUACAUGAGUGAGCUGCUGGAGCAAGCCUCCUUUCAUUUCUUUGUGACUGCRCGGAUCAAUGAAACGGGCAAGAUUCUGGCCGUGCAGAAGGCCAUCAUCCUGGAAGUUCCCACCCUGAGGAUCAAGACCAAAGGUGAACUGGUAGCUGGUAAAGAAAUGUCCGUGAUUGUGGAAUUCACCAAUYCUCUGAAACAAACCCUGGAGAACGUCACGCUGCGCCUCGAGGGACCUGGYGUGCUGAGAACAAUAAGAAAGCAGUUCGGGAGAAUCCCCAUGAAUUCUACAUURACCUGGGAAGUAAAAUGCAUCCCAAUGCGACCAGGUUUACGGAAGCUGAUUGCAAGCCUGAAUUCUGAUGCUUUGAGGCAUGUGUAUGGUGAGCUGAAUGUCCAGAUUCAGAAACCAUGAAUCAAGGUGCUGCCUUCUCUCAUUUAGCUAUACUUCAAAAUAUCAUGGUAGGAGGUAGCUGAGGGAGAGGUAUAAAUCUGCUUAUUUUUAUUUUGGUCAUCCUUGUGCUGAAAGGAUUUGAUAAAGCAAACUGAGUGGUAUGAUGGGGGAGAGCAUAAAAAAGCACCUGGAUGAUCAAUGAUUUAAAAUUAGAUACAUGUAAUUAAAGGCAAUUCUAGGUCAUAUUAUUCCUAUAGUUCACUUGUAUUUAUGGUCUUUUGCAUUAGGGCUGCAAGGGAAUUUGAAAAGCUCCAUUUGCCAGAGUAAUCUGAACUUUAGUUUUAAUUAAGACCUGGUAUUUCACUGGAAAAGGAAGAAAAAAAUUGAAGAAUCUGGUAUUAUAAAUUCUUAGACUGAAUUCCACAAUGUUAUGAUAGAUCAUUCAGGCUGCAAUAGAAGCAGGUAUUUCUAGCUAAAGGGUCUGCUUUAUCUUACAAAUUAAUAAUGUUCUGGUUCAUGAGAGCUCACUUUGCUGCAAGCAUCUCUCAGGAUGUUUUAUCUCCAGAAUAUUCUCAGCCCCUUGUUCCCUCUUGCAGUUUCCCUAAGCUUUUUCUCCUAYUCUUUCAUGUAUGCAGGCAUGCACACAUACUCUCUUCAUACCCUCAUCACACCCUGUAUGCUGUUGAUUUGCUGUUCCUCUGCUUUGCUGGGUGAAAAUGCAGUUUUUCUGCCCCUGCUCAGAGUUUAUCACACCAAACAUGCAUUUGCUGGCCCUAUCUCGUGUGUGUGAUGUGCUCUCUCUUCACUGUUCUCUGCCUUUUUUUCUCUCCUGUACUUGCCCUGUAGAUACAUUUCCCACAUGGGUGUAUCAGCAGUGUUUGCUGUCCCAGAGCAGUCCAGGCUGGCAUAUGGGAUGGAAGAAAGAGGAAURGAGCAGGGAGCUUGGGGGUCAUUUCCUGCAAGUCCCACAAGCCUUGCUAAUAUCCUGCACUGAGCUGGGGGUGAGUUUGGACUGAAAAUAUGAAGAUGAGUUUAGACUAAAACGGGCCUGAAAGUUCCCAAGAACCAUGACUAAAAC